AGCUAGAGACAUCGUCGUGUAAUGAACAGAAGCUCUGCGAGCAACUGCUAGCCCAGCGGCGAAUCGACGACAGAUUUCAGUGCGAAAAAAAAAAAAAAAAAAAAAAAAAAAAAAAAAAAAGGAAUAAAAACAAUACACAAGUAAAUUGCAGUGUAUAUCAAAACACACACAUACACUGACACACACGGACUUCUCGUUUGUGUGGAAUACAAAGUUGAGGUGUCACUAAAUUUUAAUCGAAUAACGGUGUAAUAAUUAAACAAAAAACAACAAAUUUUUACAGCAGGAAAACGCAUAAAAUACAAAUAAAUAAAUAUAAUUAAAAUUAAUAAAUAAAGGAAAAUACUUAAAUAGUGGCAUGUAGUUCGGCAGUGAGUGAGUAAAAGAGACACAGAGUAAGAGCGAGAGAGAAAACCUUGAGAUCUAAGUUAGUACGCAACGCACAAAAGCUCAAGUUCAAACAAUAGAGACGCUGCCGCUCUGCCACCGGGAGGCGCAACAAAAGUGCAACAGCUGCACGGAAAAACAACUAAAAACUGCAACAAAAGCCCAAAAGUCAAAGUAAACCCAGACAGACGCAAAGAGUGCAAGAUAGAGGAGAGAGAGAGAGAGAUAGAGACAAGAGAGAGGGAGAGAGAGAGAGAGAGAGCGAGGACGAGUGAGGCAACGAGGUGACGUCACAGCGCCGCUAACUAGGACACUCGUGCCGCAAAACGCAAAAUCUCGUUAGUCUGCACAUCCCUUGCAUCCUUAGCAUCCGCUUGAAUAUUCACAUCCGCGAAAUGGUCUCUCGGCUGGGCCUGCACUCGCUGCUCGCCGCGCUGCUCGUGCUGGCGGCGCAGCUGUCCAGCGUGUGCGGCGUCAUCGAUCGCUUGGUGGUGCAGACCAGCUCCGGCCCGGUGCGCGGCCGUUCCGUAACGGUGCAGGGUCGCGAAGUGCACGUCUAUACGGGCAUACCCUAUGCCAAGCCGCCUAUCGAUGAUUUGCGCUUCCGCAAGCCGGUGCCGGCUGAGCCCUGGCACGGCGUACUCGAUGCCACCCGCCUCUCGGCCACCUGCGUCCAGGAGCGCUAUGAAUACUUUCCGGGCUUCACUGGCGAGGAGAUCUGGAAUCCCAAUACCAAUGUAUCCGAGGACUGUUUGUAUAUAAAUGUUUGGGCGCCAGCGAAGGCGCGUUUGCGUCAUGGGCGUGGCGCCAAUGGGGCAGAGCACUCAGGCAGCAAGCAGACCGAUACGGAUCAUCUCAUACACAACGGCAAUCCACAGAACACGACCAACGGGCUGCCCAUAUUGAUAUGGAUUUAUGGCGGUGGCUUCAUGACCGGCUCGGCCACGCUGGACAUAUACAAUGCGGACAUCAUGUCCGCCGUGGGCAACGUGAUCGUAGCCUCGUUUCAGUAUCGCGUGGGCGCAUUUGGCUUUCUGCACCUGUCGCCGGAGAUGCCGCCGGAGUUUGCCGAGGAGGCGCCCGGCAAUGUGGGUCUGUGGGAUCAGGCACUGGCCAUACGCUGGCUGAAGGACAACGCGCACGCCUUUGGCGGCAAUCCUGAAUGGAUGACGCUGUUUGGCGAGUCGGCCGGCUCGAGUUCGGUGAAUGCACAGCUCAUGUCGCCGGUCACCAGGGGCGUGGUCAAGCGUGGCAUGAUGCAGUCGGGCACCAUGAAUGCGCCCUGGAGCCACAUGACAUCCGAGAAGGCUGUGGAGAUUGGCAAAUCGCUGAUCAACGACUGCAACUGCAAUGCAUCCAUGCUGAAGACAAAUCCCGCCCACGUGAUGACCUGCAUGCGUGCCGUGGAUGCCAAGACCAUAUCGGUACAGCAGUGGAACUCCUACUCGGGCAUACUCAGCUUCCCAUCGGCGCCGACCAUUGAUGGCGCCUUCCUGCCCGCUGAUCCGAUGACUCUGCUGAAGACAGCCGAUCUGAAAGGCUACGAUAUACUCAUGGGCAAUGUCAGAGAUGAGGGCACAUAUUUCUUGCUGUACGAUUUCAUUGAUUACUUUGAUAAGGAUGAUGCCACAGCGUUGCCACGUGACAAGUAUCUGGAGAUUAUGAACAAUAUAUUUGGUAAGGCCACGCAGGCGGAGCGCGAGGCUAUUAUAUUCCAGUACACCAGCUGGGAGGGCAAUCCGGGCUAUCAGAAUCAACAGCAAAUUGGACGCGCAGUCGGAGAUCAUUUCUUCACGUGCCCCACCAACGACUAUGCACAGGCGCUGGCCGAGCGAGGUGCCUCCGUGCAUUACUACUACUUUACACACCGCACCAGCACCUCGCUGUGGGGCGAGUGGAUGGGCGUGCUGCACGGCGAUGAGAUUGAGUACUUCUUUGGUCAGCCGCUGAACACAUCUCUGCAAUAUCGACCUGUGGAGCGGGAGCUGGGCAAGCGUAUGCUAAAUUCGGUCAUUGAGUUCGCCAAGACGGGCAAUCCGGCACCGGAUGGCGAGGAAUGGCCGAACUUUUCAAAGGAGGAUCCCGUGUAUUAUAUCUUCAGCACAGACGACAAAAUUGAGAAAUUGGCUCGUGGCCCGCUAGCAGCGCGUUGCUCCUUCUGGAAUGAUUAUUUGCCUAAAGUUCGAAGUUGGGCAGGUUCCGAGUGCGAUUCGGGCAGUGCUUCCAUAACGCCCCGCAUGCAGCUGCUUGGACUGGGACUCGCGCUCUACAUAGGCGCCCUGCUGCGGCUGAAAGGAGUUUUCUAAAAGAAAUUCUCUGGCAACAUCGCAUUCCAUAAGUAAAAUAUGAAAUUAUAUUUAGCAACUGAAAGAGACGGCGAGAGAUGAGGAGAGAGCGAGAGCGACAGAGUUUUAGAAUUGGAGCCAUACUUUUGUAGUUUGGCCAAACGAUUUGUAAAUGAAUUUAGUGUUGCAUGCAACUGCAUUAAGUGGCAGCAGUUUGGCAUUUGUUGUAGUUGUUAGUUUUAACCACUUGCCAGGUGCAAGCAGGUAGACACUUUAGCACGCGGCUUGCCCCACACAGACACACACACACAAACACAUAUCAAAUGCAGCCCGAGUAGUUGCGCUUACUUCUAUUAUUUCCAUAGACACACACACCCAUACACACACAUACACCUUGAUACACUUUUGUAGCACGCCGCUGAAAUUUGCUUAGUUUGUAUAAAAA